AUGGAGGUUCCGCUUGUGCAUCCCAGACCUGCAUCCCUAGAGCUACUGUUGCUACAGGCCGAGCAUAUGUCUUCGUACAUAUGGGAGGGGCAGUGUUUGUCCCAGAAAUUCUGCGCUAGACGGGUAGAUGAUAUGUGGGACUUUCUUAGGGACCACCCACUUCAUCCCCGUAUAGUCAGACGCCUUCAGGAUAUGGGUUUCUAUAGGAUCAUAGAGAUAGGCCGGUUGCAGUUGGACUGGUCGUUGAUCACGGCUUUGAUAGAGCGGUGGCGACCGGAGACGCACACCUUUCAUUUACCAAUUGGCGAGGAUACUAUCACGCUUCAGAACUUGGAGGUUCUAUAUGGGUUGCCGGUUGAUGGACAUCCUGUAGCUUACCCGCAUGCUCUCAGAGAAUAUAUGGGAUUGCAGUACCUGGAGAUGUUGCAGCGGCUCACCGGUUUCCAGCCAACAAAGGAGGCUGCAUUUAGAGGGGCCAGUCGUUUGUAG